GUUAGUACUCCAUCGCCGAAGUUGAAUGGUUCAAGAUGAGAAAGAUCUCGAUGUGCUAUCAAGUGAUCUGCCUUAUAAACAUGCCAAACUGCCGGAAAACAAAGGGAGAAAUCGCUACAGAGAAGUUUGCCCAUUCGACCACAACCGAGUAUAUCUGCAAAAAGGCACCAAUGACUACAUCAAUGCCAGCUUACUCAUUAUGAAGGAGGCCAGAAGGAAGUACAUUCUCACACAGGGUCCACUGCCCUCCACCUCCGGUCACUUCUGGCAGAUGGUGUGGGAGCAGAGAUCUGCUGGUGUGGUCAUGUUGAACCGCAUCAUUGAGCUGGGCUCUGUGAAGUGCACUCAGUACUGGCCUCCUCCGGAGAUCAGGGAGCUGGUGUUCAAGGACACAGGGUUCAGGCUCACCCUGGUCAGGGAGGACGAGAAAGCCAACUACAUCAUACGACACCUGGAGCUGGAGAACAUGACGACUGAGGAGGUGCGAUAUGUCAAGCACUUCCAUUACACUGCCUGGCCUGACUUCGGGGUGCCCGAGACCCCCACCUCCUUCCUCAGCUUCAUCCUCUUCAUCAGGGUGUCGGGGUGUCUGUCUGAAGACCAGGGCCCCGCGGUGGUGCACUGCAGCGCGGGAAUUGGCCGUUCCGGCGUGUUCUGCCUGGUGGACUACUGCCUCCUGCUGAUGUCGGUGAGGAAGGACCCUGCGGCGGUGUGUGUGCGGGACGUGCUGCUGGAGAUGAGGCGGUGCCGAAUGGACCUGGUCCAGACCCCUCAGCAGCUCCGCUUCGCCUACGUCGCCAUCAUGGAGGGCGCCAAGCCCAUCCUGCGCCGCCGCUCCCUGCAGGAGUCCAUGAACGACUCGGACGAGGAGGACGCCCCGUUCGCGUUCCCGCGAGCUUCCCCUCCCUCC